GUACAAGGUCCCUGCAAUACUACGGACCUAGGGAUUUGGCGCAUUGUUCUUUGUGUUCCAUUUAUUCAACUCUUCCAGACAUUGAUUUCAACCAUGACAUUAUCCCUCAACCCUCGGCUACUUAAAUGCACUGGCAGGCAGUUCCAGUUACUAGCAGGUUUUAGAGGUUACAGCACUUCCUCUGGGAUAAACCAUCAUGCACCGUCAACGAACGAUACUCUCCACCCAGCAGGCUCAGCUGAAUCCAGUGCACUGAAAUCGACCGAGACGCAAACGAAACAAUGGAGAGAACGCCUUGAGAGCAUUAAUGAUAAGGCUCGACUUCCCAGGAGCGUUCAAGCUGUGUACCUACGACCCCUCCGGAGGAAGGCCGAAUUUGGCCUGCCAGUUUGUGAUCUUCAGUUGAGAUCUUACAGCGUACGGAACGUCGAAUUCUUCGCCGAUUUUGCUGUGCGGGCGGCUUAUUAUCUGAACCUCCCUGUCUCGGGGCCGGUGCCCCUGCCACGAAUUGUUGAGCGAUGGACCGUUCCUAGAAGUAACUUCGUGCAUAAAAAGAGUCAGGAGAAUUUCGAAAGGAUUACGCUCCGACGCUUGGUACAAAUCAAAGACGGCAACCCUCAGGUUGUACAGACAUGGCUAGCAUUCUUGCGCAAGCAUGCUUUCUACGGAGUCGGCAUGAAAGCAAAUGUUUGGGAACAUGAAAGCCUUGACGUAGCUGCAAACAUGGACAGCACUCUUCCAGAAGUCGAGAAGUCGCUUCAGCCUUACCUUUCACAAUUUGGUCAUCGGCAAGAUGCAACAUCUUGUGACUCGAUUUCGGAUAUCCUGGACAACGAACGAUUCGUUGCAUACAAGGGCCCCUUAACUACAGCACGCAAGGCAUAAGCACCAUGUCAUCCAAUACUCUGUAUAAUAUCACAUAGUUGUCAUCAUCUCGUACGAAUUUGCCAAUUCCCACAGUCCCACUUUUUAUAAU